CUGAAUUUUUUUCUUGUAUAAAAAUGGUACACAACAUGUUUUACGGUAAAUAAAUGUGUCUUGUCUCUUUUUUAGAGCUGACAGAAAAUGAGGUUAUGUUUUACAGUGUUGAAUCCGUAUUGGGGCAAUUUUUAGAUGUUGAUCAUUUGUUAUCUCUGUGCAUCAAAAUACCUAAAAAUGACAACAUGAAAACAGCAGAGAGCAAAAUAACAAAGGUAAUUCAUCUGAAGCACACUCUGGAACUUGUUUCUACUCUUCUUGAAGCCAUAAAAUUUUCAGAGAGUGAACUGCUUGUUGCCUAUGCAACGAUAUUGCAAGAUAAUCGCCUUCGUCAAAUGCACGAGAAAAUCUCACUUGUACUUCAUGAUGAUACUCAGUAUGAAAAAUGCUCACUAAACAUGAAAACACAAAGGUGUUUUGCUGUUCGCUCUGGAAUGAACGAAAUCUAUUGGACCUGACUCAUGAAUAUAUUAAUGAGGCAAAGCCUCCAAAAAUUCUAAACAAGGAGCCGAUAAAGAGUCGAGAUAGACAGUGCCUUCAGCAUUGGCUGCAGGAUAACCAAGGCUUACUGGAUGUAGCACGAAGGACAUACACGGAUAUAAUUGAUGAUAUUGCAGGUUUGCUUUUUACAUGUGGUGCCCUUCCUCUGCUGCUCUAUUUCAUGAAAACCCCACAUACACAAUUUUUGUGUCAAACUUUAAUAUACUCAGUGAUAAACCAUUUUGGCAGGGCACAAACUUCUGAAAGGUUGGAACUGUAAUUACGUUUCUUACAGUGCCUAGGAAGCCAGGUUCUGUGGAUUGCACGCUUAUGUCACCCUUUAGAAAUGUUAUUGCGCUCUACUUGCAAGCAUAUGCGUUGCUGUAAUAGAAUUGCAUUAAGCGAGAAGUUUAUCCAGGCGAUCGACAUGACCAAGUCCAACUCUACUAAAACUGUGUAUGGACAACGAUAAGUCUAAUUAUGGUGUAUUAGGAUGGACACAUGAAAAAUAUUCUGCAUAUUCUGCACAUACACAUACACUCGACCAAUAUCACACCUUCAGUUCCACGUUACACAAGCACUGUACAUUAUAUAUCACUAAGUACGGUAGUACUUAGUGUACAAGUAAAUUAAUGCGGCC